AUGGGGGCCCCCGGGGCCCCAUUGACCCGGGGGGCCCCCGGGGCCCCCCUUUGGCUGCCAAGGGGGCCCCCCUGGGGAAGCUUGAGGGGGCCGGAGAGCUUUUGGGGCCCCCUAAAGGAGGGGGAUGCAUUGAGGACGCAGCAGAAGUGGCAGGAGGCGUUGAAGAGGUAUGCUGCUGCUGCAGCAGCAGCAGCAGCAGCAAGAAGCAGCAAACUGCGCUCCACGGCCUUCUGCAGGUUGGCAGUGGGGUGCUUGGACGCCUCCGGAGAUUUCGAAGCAGCAGCAGCAGUGGCCCGUCAAGCAAGAGAUGCAGCAGCAGCAGCAGCAGGAGGGAGAGCAGCAGCAGCAGCAGCAGCAGCAGCAGCAGCAGCAACAGCAACACAGGCCACCAGCUACGACCGCAGCAGUCAGCGCCGUCGCUGGCGCGCAGGGCCCCCGCAGCGGCCGUGGGCUCUAUCGGCAGCAGCAACUGCUGCAGCAAGGGCAGCAGCAGCAGCAAGAGCAGCAGCAGCAAAAGCAGCAGCACCUGCUGCUGCUGCUGCUGCCAGCUCAGAAGGACCUCGCAGGUUGCUGCUGGCGGAGGCCCUCGGAUUUGCUGCUAGGGCUCUGCGUCUGAGGCCCAACAGCGUUUUGGGGCUGCAUGCGGGGGCACAGGCAGCGCUGCUGCUGCAGCUGCCGCAGCUCGCAGUCAGCUUGGCGGUGCUGCAGCUGCGGCACUUGCGGCAGCCAGGGCUCUUCGCAGUUUGCCGCCAGACACAGCAGCAGCAGCAGCAGCAGCAGCAGCAGCAGCAGCAGCAGCAGCGGGAGCCCGGUUGCCCUGCUCCUCUACUGGAGUUGGGAUCCAUUGACAAGCAGGUUGCUGCAGCAGCCCUGCAGCAGCUCAAGUGGAGGUGGCGGCGGCGCCUGCCUGAAUAUUUGCUGCAGCUGAAACAGCAGCAGCAGCAGCAGCAGCAGCAGCAGCAGCAGCAAGGGCCAACAGCGCACUCUAGAGAGGACACUGCGCUGCUGCGGCAAGCUCUCGCUGCAGCAACUGCAGUCGCAGCCUCCCCCUUAGCAUCAGUCAUGGAGGGAGAUGCAGCAGCAGCAGCAGCAGCAGCAGCAGCAGCAGCAGCAGCAGCAGCAGCAGCCAGAGGGCAACGAGAAACACCAACCAGCGUUCUCCGGCUGCUGGCGCUGCAGCAGCUGCUUCGCGCUGCUGCCAAUAGCGGCCUGGCCUAUGGAGUGGUCUCUGCAGGCCUGCGGCUUGAAGCUGCGCUGGUUAUGUGCCCCAGCAGCAGCAACAGCAGCAGCAGCAGCAGCAGCAGCAGCAGCAGCAGCAGCAGCAGCAGAGGAAGUUUUCUGUCUCCUUGGUGGAGAGAUACCGCCCUUGCUGAGACGCAGCUGCUCACUUGCAGCACUUUCUGCUGCUUAGCCACAGCAGCAGCAGGACAAAAGGCGUGGUUGCUGCAGGCAAGAGCAGCAGCUGCUGCCCUUGCUGCUGUUGAGGGGUUUUCUUGUCCUCACAGCGAAGCUCCACUGAGCAGCAGCAGCAGCAGCAGCAUCAGCCGCAGCAGCAGCAGCGACACCAGCAGCAGCCGCAGCAGCAACACAAGCAGCAGCAGCAGCAGCAGCAGCACGACAAACAGUACCCCUUGCAGCGACUUGGGCGUUGCGCUGCAGCAGUACUUUGGAAAAGCCCUGGAGGCGGCCGAGAGACGACUUGCUGCUGCUGCAGCAGCAGCAGCUGCUGCUGCUGCUUCCUCUUGUGGCCCUGCGUCUCUUGCUGCUGCAGCAAACGCGUGGCGAGCUCGCUGCCUGUUAGCUCUUGGAGAUUUCUCGAGAGCACUGGAGGCCUCCACAGCGUCUGCGGAAGCUGACCUGUGGGCUGCUGCCGACGACGCUGCCCCCGCAGCAGCAGCAGCAGCAACAGCAGCAGCAGCAGCAACAGCAGCAGCAGCAGCAACAGCAGCAGCAGCAGCAAGUGAAAAAGGCGUGCGGGACUUCCACCUGCUAGAGUCUCUGCAAAAGAAUACUCUUUGCCCUCUUGGACCCUUCAGCGCCUUGAGCCUCCGGGCUGCCUCUCUGUGGGGCCUCCGCCGCCCCACAGAAGCUGCUGCAGCACUUCGCCUCUGCGGCCAAGUCAACGGGGCUCUGCAGCAGGCCUUAGCUGACCCGCAGCAGCAGCAGCAGCAGCAGCAGCAGCAGCAGCAGCGGCAGCAGCAGGGGAAAGGCGCGGAGCAGCAGAGCCGCUACCACCGCCGCACUGCUGCAGAAGCAAAACGCCUCAAAGCCCGCAAGGCGCUGCAGCGGGGGGCCCCCCCGGCCUUUUCUUUUCUUUAG